AUGAUACCAAGAAGUCUGGCUCUCCGCAUACUGCGCGCCUCACCGUCCAUUCGGACAUCAACACGAAGCCUCACUACAGCACCAAGACCAGCCCGGAGACAACACGUCAACACCAUCCGCUCCGCAUCACAUGUCCCACACCAGACGAUCCGAUGGCUUUCGUCAAAGUCAGCAGCGGACGAGAAGAUAGACGAGAUCACCGAGCUGUUCUACACGGCUCAAGAUGAGUUCGAGAUCGCAAUGGAAGAGACAGAAAAAGUGUCAGUGUAUGCAGAAGAAGACCGCAAGGCGGCGAGAGAAGAGCUGAACAAGGUUCAAGAGGCAUAUCGAGCGGUUGUGGAGGGACCAGAUCAAGAGCUGGGAGCAGAGAUCAAGAGACGCAUAGGACAGCGGAUCCGAGAGCUGGAGCAGGGUGUCGGGGCGAUGGAGGAGAUGGCGCAGAAUCAGGACUGA